GGGGGCCAUGAGAGAAGGGGAUAGUGAGUGAUGAUGGUGAUAGUUUAAAAUGAGUCCCUUUCAAAGGUUAUAAUAAUAUUUGCUCUCUUUUUUGGGGCUUGUCCACACUUUGUAAUUCUCUCUUUCCUUACUGGCCGCCGGGCUCUCUGCAAACUUGCGAUAAACAAGGCUGUUUUGUAGGGGGGGGGGGAAGAAAUGGGUCAUGAGAGCUUGUGUGAGUAUUUUGUAGACUCCGAAUUCGACGAAACGACAAACCAGAUGGGUUCUGGUAAUAGUUCUGGAGCUGAUGAUAUCUUCAGUGUACUUGAAGCUUGGGAAGCUGUGUCGGAUUUCAACCCCAUGACUCCACUUGAUGAGGGUGGUUUCAAGUUGAAGGAAUCUGAUACCACCAGAUUGCUUUCCCAGAAAUCUACUUCUUCCAGUACUACUACUACUACUACAACUGCUGUUCCUCUGGAUUCUGAGAACGAGCUUGAAACAUCUCGGAAUCCCAAGCGCCAGAAGCUCGUGGCGGCUGCUGCUCAUUCCGAUGAAGCAAACCGGAAUAAUCCUAACUGCACCCAAGAUGGUGGUGGUGGUGGUGGUGGUCAGCAAAGGAUGACUCACAUCACGGUGGAGAGGAACCGGAGAAAGCAGAUGAAUGACCACCUGACCGUCUUGCGUUCUUUGAUGCCUUGCUUCUAUGUCAAAAGAGGUGAUCAAGCAUCAAUAAUAGGAGGGGUGGUGAAUUACAUCAACGAGCUACAACAAGUGUUGCAGUCGCUUGAGGCCAAGAAGCAGCGGAAAGUCUACAGUGAAGUAUUAAGUCCUAGAAUCGCGGUGUCUAGUCCAAGGACGUUAUCUCAACCACAACCAAGUCCGAGGAAGCCACCACUGAGUCCUAGGUUAAGCUUACCAAUAAGCCCAAGAACCCCGCAGCCCACCAGCCCUUACAAGCCUCCUGCAUCAAGGUUGCCACCGCAACUCCAAGGCGGCGGCUUACCUUCUCCCUGCUCUUCUUCCACCACCAACUCUUCCAUCAUAAACGACAGCGUUAACGAGCUGGUUGCGCAUUCUAAGUCCGCCGUUGCCGAGGUUGAGGUCAAGUUUUCGGGUCCGAAUGUUUUACUCAAGACGGUGUCCCCACGUUUGCCGGGACAAGUGGUCAAGAUAAUCUCGACCCUUGAAGAUCUUUCCCUCGAAAUCCUCCAACUCGACAUUAGCAACAUUGACGACUCCACCAUCAUGUUUUCUUUCACCAUUAAGAUCGGAAUCGAAUGCCAGCUAAGUGCGGAGGAACUGGCUCAGCAAAUUCAACUAACGUUUUGCUAAGCUUUCCUUCCAUUUCCCGGCCGCCUCCGUUAUAACUCCUUAAUCUCCAGCAUUUUUCUUUAUCUCUCAAGACACAAGGGGUUUGGUUAACUUGGUAGUUUGGUUAAUUAUAUAUGACUGUUGCAUUUGUACGAAGGUAGCUUGUUUGGAAACCCUAACACGCACACACACACUCACAACUUUUUUUUAUUAAUAACGGGAGUUAAUUCCGUGAUAGAAUUCUUUUUUUUUUCUUUCUUUCAUUAGAGAGAGUAGUGGAUCAUUGUUCAUGAUUUGUGCUUAGAGAAUCUCGGCAGCUUAUAUUUACGUCUCAAUUUCAAAG